AUGGAUGAGAUCGCACCCGAAUACGAUGUUGUGGUGCUAGGCACUGGCCUGACCGAGUGUAUCCUGUCUGGUGUGCUUAGUGUCAAGGGCAAGAAGGUCCUCCACAUCGACCGCAAUGCGCACUACGGCGGUGAGGCCGCUUCUGUCAACCUCGAGACGCUUUUCAAGAAGUACGGCAACUACUCGCAGGGCGAGGAGCCAUGGAAGAAAUACGGCCGCCUUAAUGACUGGAACAUCGACCUGGUCCCCAAGUUCCUAAUGUCUUCUGGCGAGCUCACCAACAUCUUGGUCUCCACCGACGUCACCCGUUACCUCGAGUUCAAGCAGGUUGCCGGCAGCUACGUCCAGCAAGGAUCCGGUCCCAAGGCCACCGUGGCCAAGGUGCCUUCGGAUGCUGGCGAAGCGCUGAAAUCGCCCCUCAUGGGAAUCUUCGAAAAGCGCCGCAUGAAGUCGUUCAUUGAAUGGGUUGGCACCUUCGACCCCAAGGAUUCGUCGACUCACAAGGGCCUCGAUAUCAACAACUGCACCAUGAAGGAUGUUUUCGACAAGUUUGGCCUGGAGAACAGCACCAAGGACUUCAUUGGCCACGCCAUGGCUUUGUAUCAAACCGACGAGUUCAUCACCGCCAAGGGCAAGGCACCCGAGGCCAUUGAGCGCAUCCGCUUGUACGGAAACUCCGUUGCCCGCUACGGCAAGUCUCCUUACAUCUAUCCUCUCUACGGCCUCGGAGAGCUGCCUCAGGGCUUUGCCCGUCUCUCAGCCAUCUACGGCGGUACUUACAUGCUGAACACCGAUGUCGACGAGAUCAAGUACGACGGCGACAAGGCCGUGGGCAUCAAGGCUACCAUGACUGGCAUGGACGAGAUGAAGUUUGAGACCAAGGCUGGAAUGAUCAUUGCCGAUCCGUCCUACUUCCCUGGUCAAGCAAAGGUCGUUGGCCACGUCCUGCGCGCCAUCUGCAUUCUAAAACACCCGCUGGCCGGCACCAACGACAGUGACUCGGCUCAGCUGAUCAUUCCUCAGUCGCAAGUUGGCCGCAAGAACGAUAUCUACAUCGCUUGCGUCUCGGCCGCGCACAACGUUUGCCCCAAGGACUACUGGAUCGCCAUCGUUUCGACCAUUGCCGAGACCACGUCGAACCACCACCUCGAGCUGCAGCCUGGUCUGGAGCGUCUCGGAAAGAUUGAGGAACAAUUCAUGGGUGCCCCCAUCCCCAUUUACGAGCCUACUGAGUCUGGCUCGAAAUCCAACAUCUACCUCUCCAAGAGCUACGACGCAUCGAGCCAUUUCGAGACAACUACAGACGACGUCAAAGACAUCUACCGCCGCGCCACUGGAGAGGAGCUCAAGGUUGAGGGUCUUCGCGAGGGCAUCAAUGUUGAACAAUAG